UCGGAUUGUAAUUGCGAACUAGUACGAGACUGACCAUCCCCUAGGCUUUGACGAUGUAAUUUACCCCGUGGAUUACCGGACAGUUGGACAUAUCGUAGAUGACCAGAUGCACGACAUCAUGGUUCGACCCUUGCGCCCUGGUGUGCGUUUGACCGCAAUCUUCGACUCCUGCCAUUCAGGAACCGCAUUAGAUCUCCCAUAUGUGUAUUCUACGCAGGGUACUCUGAAAGAGCCAAAUCUUGCCAAGGAAGCAGCCCAAGACCUUUUUAGCGCCAUGCUAUCAUAUGGAAGAGGAGACCUUAGUGGCAUGGCUCAAACCGCGAUCGGAUUAUUCAAGAAGGCUGCAAUUGGCGAUUCUGCACGCCAGCGAACCGUGCGAACCAAGACCUCCCCGGCGGAUGUAAUCAUGUUCUCGGGUUCGAAGGAUACUCAGACAUCAGCCGAUACGUUCCAGGAUGGAGAAGCGCGGGGGGCGUUGAGCUGGGCGUUUAUCAAAUGCCUCCAGCGAUCUCCGAACCUGAGCUACGUGCAGCUGCUGAAUGUGAUUCGUUCAGAAUUAGAUGGAAAGUAUACACAGAAGCCGCAACUAAGUUGCAGUCAUCCUCUAGAUACCAACCUACUAUUUGUGAUGUGAUCGUAUUUCACAUGUGACAGAAGAAGAACGCGUAUCUUGUGGGAUUUUGUCGUCGCUCGAGCCUCUACCAUGGAUGUGAAAGCCCGUGUUGAAGCUGAACCACAGGACAGUGCAGAGGAGGCUCGGGCAACCUUCUGGUUAAUCCCGAUUCGAAUUUUUUUUUAAGGAGCCAAACACAGUGCUU